AUGUUCAGGUCCAAACGCUCGGGUCUUGUGCGGCGGCUUUGGAGGAGCCGCGUCGUUCCGGACCGCGAGGGCGGAGAUGGGAGCGCCAGGAGCAGCCACGACCGCGGAGCGCCCGGCAGCUGCAGCCCCCCGGAGAAGCAGCCCCCGGCGGAGAUCCGCGCGGUGACGCGCAGCCUGCUGCGCCGGGCCGAGGAGCUGCGCGCCGGGCCGCCCGGCGGAGCCCCCAUGGCCGAGCGGCUCCCCGACGGCGCGGGCGCCCGGUGGGCGCGGGAGAGCGACGGCCGCACCGUGACCUGCUGCCUCUUCGCGGAGCGCGAGCCCGGCGGCCCCGCGCCCGCCGCCGCCGCCCGCCGCCCCGACGGCGGCUCGCGGCUGCUGCUGCUGGAGCAGGAGCUCAAGGCGGUCACCUACUCGCUGCUGAGGCGCCUCAAGGAGCGCUCGCUCGACAGCCUGCUGGAGGCGGUGGAGUCCCGCGGCGGCGUGCCCGGCGGCUGCGUGCUGGUGGCCCGCACCGAGCUGCGCCUGGGCGGCCAGGCCGCGCCGCCGCACCUGCUCCUGGGCAAGCUCUUCCGCUGGCCCGACCUGCAGCACCCCGCCGAGCUCAAGCCCCUCUGCGAGUGCCAGAGCUUCGGCGUCGCCGACGGCCCCACCGUCUGCUGCAACCCCUACCACUUCAGCCGCCUCUGCGGGCCAGAGUCUCCACCGCCUCCCUAUUCGCGGCUGUCUCCUAAUGAUGAGCAAAAGCCACUGGAUCUAUCCGAUUCCACGUUGUCUUACACUGAAACAGAGGCCACCAACUCGCCCAACGUCACGCCUGGAGACUUCUCAGAUGCCAGUACGUCACCCGAUGCCGUCAAAAGGAGCCAUUGGUGUAACGUGGCCUACUGGGAACACCGGACUCGCGUGGGCCGCCUCUACACAGUGUACGAACAGUCUGUCAGUAUAUUUUAUGACCUACCUCAAGGAAACGGCUUCUGCCUCGGACAGCUAAACCUGGAAAACAGGAGCGAGACUGUGAGAAGGACUCGAAGUAAAAUCGGCUACGGGAUUUUACUCAGCAAAGAGCCGGACGGCGUGUGGGCCUACAACCGCAGCGAGCAUCCCAUCUUCGUCAACUCCCCGACACUGGACAUCCCCAACUGUAGGACUUUGAUCGUGCGCAAGGUGAUGCCUGGCUACUCCAUCAAGGUGUUCGAUUACGAGAAGUCCUGCCUCUUGCAGCACGCCACCGAUCUGGAUUACGCCGACGGGCCCUACGACCCGAACAGCGUGCGGAUUAGCUUUGCGAAGGGCUGGGGGCCGUGCUACUCGAGGCAGUUCAUCACGUCGUGUCCGUGUUGGCUGGAGAUUUUACUCAGUAACAAUCGAUAGCGGUCAGCCUCUGACGAAAGGAAAAAACAAAAAAAGACACAGACUCUCCCAAAUAUCAUCUACCUAGAUUUAAUAUAAAGUUUUAUAUAUUAUAUGAAAAUAUAUAUUAUACUUGUAAUUAUGGAGUCAUUUUUACAAUGUAAUUAUUUAUGUAUGGUGCAAUGUGUAUAUGGACAAAAAACAGAAAAUGCACUUUGGCUUAUAUAAUUCUUUCAAUACAGAUUUUUUUUAAAAAAAAAUUAUACAGCAAAAAUAGGAGAAAGCCCUAAUUUUGAUGUAUGGUUUUUUUGAAAUACUAUUAAUACCCAGACAAAAAGCUAAUACCAGUCACUCAUUGAUAAUAAAGUAUUCGCAUUAUUGGG